AUCCACCACAUCACCACCAUCACUCUGAUCUCUGUCUCCUACUGUGCCAAUAUAAUCCGGUUUGGGAUGAUAGUCAUGCUGGUCCAUGAUGCCUCUGAUUAUAUUUUAGAGCUUGCCAAGAUGCUUCAUUACCUGAAAUGGCAGCGGGUCUGUGAAGUUGUUUUCAUUGCUUUUGCGGUGGUUUUCAUCAUCUCCCGGCUUGUUGUUUUCCCGUUAAUUGUAUACUAUUACUUUGUGACCAAACUUCCAUUGUUCCCUGUAAGCUGCCUGCUAAAUGCUUUCCUGGUGGUCCUGCAGUUGUUACACAUUUUCUGGUCCUAUCUGAUCAUCCAGAUGAUCUUCAGUGUCAUCCUCCGUGGUGAGAAAAGACAGGAUGCCAGAAGUGACACUGAAGAGAGUGACAGGAGCGAAGCAGAGGAUCCAGCAAAGAACCAAGAAUAACACAGGGCUUGCUGCAAACCACCAGGAGCCAGGCAGACUCUGGAGUGCAGGAAGGCUGAACAGAAGCUGGGGGAGAGGCCAGACA